AUGCGUUUCUCUCUCGCUGCUGCUGUCACCAUGGCCGCCGGUGCCUUUGCCGGUGUUGUCACUGAGACCGUCACCGACUACACCACCUAUUGCCCCGAGGCGACCUCCAUUGUCCACGGCAGCCACACCUACAGCAUCUCCACCCCCGGCGAUAUCACCAUGACCCACGGUCCCUUCACCGUCACCCGUCCCCUCGUGACCCAGACUGUGACUCAGUGCAACAAGUGCACCUCCGCUGCCAUCCCCACCACUCCCAUCUCCUCCCCCACUGCCCCGGCCUCGACCCCCCUGGUCCCCUCCAGCGCCGGUGCCACCGGCUCCCCCAACCCCUCCGGCUCGGGCUCCAGCUCCCCCGCCCCCUCCCAGCCCGCCUUCAACGCCGGUGCCAUGAACGCCGCCGGUGCCGGUGCCGGUCUGGCCGCCGUCUUCGGUGCCGCCGCCCUGCUGCUGUAA